GUCACACAUCUGUGACCUCUUCAGCGAUACUUUCUGUCCUCGUAUGUACACUUGCUCUGCUUAGUCCAUUCUAAUGUUUCAUGUGGUGGCACCAAUGCACAAAACUUUCAGAGUUUGAGUCACUCUGUUGUUUCUGCUAAAUAUUAAUAAGACUACAUAGAUAUGUACAUAUACAGUUGCAGGCAAGGCUGUGUGGUAAGAAGUUUGCUUCUCAACUACAUGGUUCUGGGUUCAGUCCCACUGCAAAGCAUCUUGGGCAAGUGUCUUCUACAAUAGCAUUGGGCUGAUCAAAGCCUUGUCAGUGGAUUUGCUAGACGGAAACUGAAAGAAGCCCAUUAUGUAUAUAGAGAGUGAUUGAAAAGUAACCCCAUAUUUUAAAACACUUAUAAUUUAUUUAUUAUUUUUAGAGAAAAUGAAUAUGUGAAGAAAGCGUAUAGCAUGGAGUUUUAUUUAAAAUUUGAUAUGGGUCCCAGCAUUCACCACCAGCUUCUCAAGCCACCUGGGAACUGCAUCAACUGAUUUCAUCAGGAACUCUUGUAGGAUGGAAGACAUAACUUCUUGUAUUCAUCCUUCAAGUUCUUCCAAAGUCUUUGGUUUGGUAGAGUAGACUUGCUCCUUGAAGCAACCCCAAAGAAAAAAGUCACAGGGUGUUAAAUCAGGCUUUCUGGCUAAUCAUGCGGACCUCGACGACCCAUCCAUUUCCCAGGGAUGUGGGCAUUCAGCCAUUUAUCAACAACUAUAGCAAAAAGUAGAAAGGUGGGAGGGCCACCAGUUGGAGUGGCACGACCUAGUGGAUAAAUGGAUGUUAUAUGUUUGGGGCAUGGUUUUGUGAUCCUUAAAAACAAAAAUAAUCCCUUUUUCUCUCUUCUAGAAUUGGGUAUUGACCCUGAUGCUGACAUCUCAAUGCCAAAUACCCAGAACCCUCUUCAGCAAACUGUUGAUGGCAUAAUGGAAGAUUCCGGAGAAAGCAAAGCUACACGCAGCCCUAAUCUUGAUUCUUCUGAGUCCGACUCUGUCAAGACUCUGAGUACAAUCGAUGUGUUUGAAGAUUAUGUGGAUAGAGUAUUAGAUAUGGACAUUAACUCCGAUUCUUCUGAGUUGCACUCAGCCAAGGCCCUGAGUACACUCGACGAGUACGAAGAAUAUUUGGAUAAAGUCUUAGAUACAGAAAAUAACUCAAUAUGUAGCUCUCAGGUUUGUAAAAAAAUUAAAAAAAUACAAAGAUAAAUAAUAAUGAAUAAAUAUGAAUAACAAAAUAUUAAUCUCUACCCCAAAUGGUUCUGCUCUAUUCUCCACAGUAACAAUAGUAAUAAUAUUAUUACUAAUAAUAUUAAUAACAACAGCAACUGUAAUCCCAGCCUGUUCCUGGUUUUAAUUUUAUUAAUCAUCGCAGCGGAUGAUCCAAGGAGAAGCAACUCUGUCCAACUUGCUACUUCACCAGAAACAAUACAUAGAAGAAAUUCAAUCACACUGAAAGACUAUGCUCCAGCAUGGCCUCAUCCUACAAAUGAAUCCAAUAAAACAAAAUAAAAACAUACAAUUGAAUAAGUUGGGAUCAGCCAGAAAGAAUACAGAGGAACAUUUAUUUGUAAUCACUACAAUUGUUUCUGCACAACGUAGUUCUCCACGUUCACAGGUAUUUGGUUAUGUAACUGUUUCCCUGCAUUAUGAUAUCCAUUCACACAUUACAGAAGCUCCAGUGCAAACCUGACAGUAGGUACAAUACUACUGUUGGAAGGCACUGGGUGAAAUCUGAAGGUGGAUGAGCUUUAUACUGUACUCUAUUGGUUCAUAAUGAAAUAUAACCCAACUAUAUAUAUAUAUAUAUAUAUAUAUAUAUAUAUAUAUAUGUAUGUAUGUAUUAUCAUUAUAAUGCUGGCAUGGAUUGGAUGCUUUGACAGGAGCCAGCAGGGCUAGGAGCCUCCUCCCGGCUGCAAUUACAUGGAGCCAUUACCAGUGCUUUUUUAUGUGGCACCAGCAACAGCAGGGUCUCCAAGUAUCUUGCAAGACAAAACCCUCCUCAGGUGGAUGUGAAGAAUAGCAUUGAAGUGGGGGAUGGGGGAUGGUGGGAGUGGCUUUGUCCCAGUUGAUGUAAAAAUCAGACAAGGAUAUGCAUGUUACUGCAGGGUAGAUUGGUGGGAUUUACCCUCAGCUGGUAGUGGUGGCAGUGGGAGAAAACCUUCUGUAGUGACUACAGUGUUGAUGGUACUGUCCCACAUUUAGGCCCCAGGGUGGUAGAGAAUAGAUAAUAACAACAUAGCUUCUUACUUAUACAUUGGUUUUUUUUUUUACCUUUGUUGUUGUUGUUGUUUGAUUUUGUUUGUUUUCCUUUCAACAUUUGAAUUGGAUUUUAAUUUUUAUUUUCUCUUUUUUUUUGCAACAAUUUUAUGAUCUUUGUGUUUAUUUAUUUAUUAAUUUUGUUGAUGAGAAUGCUUCAUUAGCAGUUUUGUGUUGUUGUUUGUUUCACCUUAUUCAACAAAUUGUGUCGGAUUGUCGGCGUGUUGCAACAUCUUGCUACUUAUAUGUGUGUGUGCGUGUGUGUGUGUGUUUGUGUAAAUAUAAUAUACAUAUAUAUGUGUACAUUGUUUACAUUUGAUGGAGAUAUUUGUCCUCAUCUUGUUUGUUGACAAAUAUCUGUCAAAUUUAAAUAAUGUACAUAAUUCUUCAUCUCUUAAAUAUAGAACUGUAUUAUAUACAUAUGUGUGUGGAUAUUUACAUAAAUACACAUGUGUGCGUUUAUUUGUAUAAAUAUAACAUACAUAUAUAUAUAUAUAUAGAUAUAUAUGUGUGUGUGCGCACAUUUAUGCAUGUAAAGAUAAU